CCUCGCCUGGCGCCGCCUCUGAGCCUGCAGUGUCAGGCUCCCGGCCCGACGCGCCCCGCCCCCCUUCUCUCCCGCGCCCGGCGGCUGCGGCGUUGGCGGCAUGGAGGGCGAGAGUACGUCGGCGGUGCUUUCGGGCUUUGUGCUUGGCGCGCUCAGCUUCCAGCAUCUCAACACGGACUCGGACACGGAAGGUUUUCUUCUUGGGGAAGUGAAAGGUGAAGCCAAGAAUAGCAUUACAGAUUCCCAAAUGGAUGAUGUUGAAGUUAUUUAUACCAUUGACAUUCAGAAAUCUAUUCCAUGCUAUCGGCUUUUUAGCUUUUAUAAUUCUUCAGGUGACAUAAAUAAGGAAGCUCUAAUGAAAAUAUUAUCAAGUGUCAAAAAGACUGUGGUAGGUUGGUACAAAUUCCGUCGUCAUUCAGAUCAGAUUGUGACAUUUAGAGAGAGACUCCUUCACAAAAACUUACAGAAGCAUUUUUCAAGCCAAGAUCUUGUUUUUCUGCUGUUAACACCAAGUAUAAUAACAGAAAGCUGCUCUACUCAUCGGCUGGAACAUGCCUUAUAUAAGCCUCAAAAAGGACUUUUUCAUAGGGUACCAUUAGUGGUUGCUAAUCUGGGCAUGUCUGAACAACUGGGUUAUAAAACAGUAUCAACUUCCUGUAUGUCCUCUGGUUUUAGCCGAGCAGUAAAAACACACAGCUCUGAAUUUUUUGAAGAUGACGGAUCUUUAAAGGAGGUACACAAGAUAAACAAAAUGUAUUCUUCAUUACAAGGGGAAUUAAAGAGUAUAUGUAAAAAAGUGGAACACAGUGAGCAAGCAGUAGAGAAACUACUAAAGGAUAUAAACAGAUUAAAACAAGAAAUUAAAAAAAGGAAACGAGAACAGGCUCAAGCAAUACGAGAGAAGAAUGUCCAAAAAGACCCUCAGGAGAACAUUUUUCUUUGUCAAGCUUUGCGGACCUUUUUUCCAGAUUGUGAAUUUCUUCAUUCAUGUGUUAUCUCUUUGAAAAGUAGGCAUAUUUCUAAAAGUAGAUGUAACACCAACCACCACCUUAAUAUGAUAGACAACCUGACCUUAAUGGUAGAAUACACUGACAUUCCUGAAGAUAGUCCACCUGGUACACCACAAAUAGUUAAGCGUAAAUGUUUAGACAUAGGUGACGGAUGGCAAUUCAAGAAGUCACGGCUGGUAGAGAUAGAAAACAACCCAUCUAAAACAGAUACUGAUAGUAGUAACCAAGAAAAAGCAACCACAAUAAGUAGCCCAGAAACAGAUGAAGAGAUAGAGAAAAUGAAGGGUUCAGAUGAAUAUCCGCCGUCUCCUACAUUUUAAUCCUUUUAACCCAAAAGGAGAUUAUUGUUGCUAUGCUCAGCUACUUGCAGUAAUUACAUAAAUACAUUCAGAUAUAUUGCUUUGUUUUUAUUAUAUUCAGCUAUUCUUAGUAAUACAUAACUAAGGUAAUUUGUUUUUACUAUG